AUGACUGACCUCAAUUUGGAGACGCAAUACACUACACCACAAUAUCUCCACUCUCACGGGACACUGAAUAUCUCACUGAAUGACUCUGGUCCGGAAGGACUGGCCUUUAUGCAUGACACCAACCUGGACACAAUGCAAGUCCAAAAUGUGGGCUGCGUAAACCAACCACAAAAAGAAGUCUCAACUCCCACUCGCUCCUCAAGAACAUUGCCAGUGGAAAAGAUGCAACUUAGGUCCCGCCCUCGUCGCAAGCUGCAGUCCGAGGCUGUGGCAGCACAACUACUGCCGUCACCAGAUGCUCCCCCAGCUGGAUCGGAUUUCCAGACGGCAGCUUCCAAGCCGCCCGUGCCUCCUGGCCCAGCCUGGCCGGCUCAGCCUGCUGAUCGUAUGUUGCCCGCGACACAGGGCCCACCACCGCCACCAGAUGUUCUCCGAGGAUCAGCUCUCCAGGCGAUAGUCCCCAAGUUGCCCAUGCCCAUGCCUCCUGGCCCAGCCUGGCCUGCUCAGCCUGCAAAUCGUAAGCUGACUGCAACCCAAGGACCACCGCCAGCACCAAAUGUGGUCUCUCCUUGCCCAGCGUGGCCGGCUCAACCCACUGGUCAUAUGUUGCCUACAACGCAGAGACCUCCACUAUCGCCAGAUACUUUCAAAGCCAAGCCGGCUCUCCAGACAGCUGUCUCCAAGCCCUUCGAACCGCCUGUCCCAGCCCGGCAGGUAGGACUGAUGGAACGGCGGGAUGGUUUGAGAGCGGCUGUACCACGAUCUGUCAGUCUUCAUGUUUUCAAUCUGAGUGAAGAAACCACAUCUGCAGACUUAGUUGACCACAUCAAGUCCACCACAGGCGUGCAGGUUGCCGAGUGUGAAAAGCUGACGGAUGACCUCAAGGCGGACCUGGGAAACCCCAAUGGUAAGCUAAACUCUAUUAUUGACAUAGAACUUGAAGCUGACAAAAUAGGGCAAGCCAUCCAUUCGGCUUGGACAAAUAACUGCCCGGAAAAGAAAAUCCUGGCGAAGAAGGUACCCUGGUGGAAUCCGGAGAUAGCAAAACUCAGGAAAGAAACCAGGGCUGUCUUUAACGAUGCCAAAAGAAGUAAUGAUUUUGAGCUCUACGCGCGAAAACUCACAGAGUACAGCAAGGCAGUGAGGAAAGCGAAAAGGAAAGCGUGGAAAAACCACUGCGAUCAAAUCGGUUCCAUUCCGGAAGGCAUGAGACUCACGAAGGCAUUAGCCACAACGAAGUCAGUCCCACUCACCUCUAUCAGAAGGAGUGAUGGUGGAAUGACUGAAACGGGGCUAGAGACCCUCAAGGAGGACGAGCGAGCUGAAUGA